UCCUCAUCCCUCUCGCCUUCUUUCCUUGCUUCCUUCCCUUCCCUUCGCUUCCCUUUCCUCCUCCUGUGACAGGUGGGUCGCUCUCACCACGCGCCCGCCCCGCCCCUCCCAUGGUCCUCAUGGCCGCCGUCGAGAACGACCACCACCGCGGCGCGAGGUUCGCCCCUCCCCCGCCGAAUCCGCUGGCCCCCGCGCCGCGGCCGUCUUCCCGCACGCGCCUUCACGACUUCUCCUUCCCCACCCUCAGCUGGGGCACGCACCGCGUGCUCCGCUGCUCCAAGAGCGGCCCCGCCUCGUCGCCCCCGCCCGCGGCGCCGGAGACCCCGUCCCCGGACAAAGAGAAGACCCGCCGUCCCGACGACGGCGGCGGCGGCGGCGCCACAGGCGCAGGCGGCUCGCUGCAGCGCCAGCGCGCCUCCCGGCGGCCGUGGAACCUCCGCACCCGCCGGUCCGCCACCGCUGCGCCGGCGCGCCUGGUUGGAUCGGAUGACGCGGCCGAGGAGGCGGUGCCCGCGGAGCGCGCGCCCGCGCCGGCCGCGGAGGCCAAGAAGCGCGGGUUCUCCAUCGCGCUGUCCAAGGAGGAGAUCGCCGAGGACUUCGCGGCGAUUCGUGGGUCGCGGCCCCCUCGCCGGCCCAAGAAGCGCCCGCGCACGGUGCAGCGGCAGCUCGACUUGCUGUACCCGGGGUUGUGCCUUGCGGAUGUGACGCCGGGCUCCUACAAGAUCGAAGAGAGGUGAUUGGGUGCUUUCUUGAAGCUUCAGAUGGACGGAGUUUUCGGAUGCUCUGAUCUUUUUUUCUCUUUUCUUCUGAUGGCUAACAUGUCUGUUGCAUAUGUGUUCCGUUCUGGGUGGAUUAGAGGAGGUUGAGGUGGAAUUGCCUGUGAUUAUCUAUUGGGCUGUGGUUGGCGAGGAGUAGGUUUAGCUUUGGCAAUUUGGUUUCUGGGCUUGUAGGAUUGUCAAUUGUAUAAAGGACUAUGAUCCUUAGGUGGGGAAGUGUCUUGUCUUGUACAUAGUCUAAUUUAUGAAGAAAUCUUAGUUGUUAAAUUGUCAAUUGUUCUUUUGAUUC